AAUGGGAGCCUUCCUCUCAAAGGUGUGGUGCUUUGCUGCACUUCGCUCGCGCAGGAAGUACGUACCAGUCUGGCAGAGGCUGCCGUGUCCAUGGGAGCCGUCCAUAAGCUGGACCUUACCUCGGACGUGACACAUCUUAUUGUCGGAUCGAUCACAACCCCCAAGUACCGAUACGUUGCAAAGGAACGUCCCGACAUCCGCGUGCUUGCGCCCAGCUUCAUUGACGCGAUCCGACAUGAGUGGAUGAAGGGAGGUGCCGUGGACGUGGAAACGCUGCUGGACCAACAUACCUUACCGCCUUUCUCGGGAUUGAUGAUCUGCCUAACGGGCUGGCAGGAUCUAGAAACCAGACGGAGAUUCGAGGAGACGAUACGUAAGAACGGCGCGACGUACAACGCCGAUCUGGUCAAGCAGGUCACGCAUCUGAUCGCCGCGAAACCCGAAGGCGCGAAAUACACACACGCGAAGCAGUGGGGCAUCAAAGUGGUCGGGUUGCGUUGGUUCGAGGACAGUUUGAAAAGAGGUAUGGCGCUGGAUGAAAGUCUUUAUCAGGCGGAGAUGCCGGAGGAGACACAAGGGAAGGGAGCCUAUCGAACAGAACCGAAGAAACCACUUGUAAAGAGAGGACGGGAGACAGACCUCGCAGCGGGUAUUGAGGAAGCCGGAAGAAGAAAGUUGAGAAAAGUGGCCAGUAUGCGGCUGGAUCAGCACAGUCAGGAUCUGUGGAAGAGUGUGUCGGAGCAUGAGGUCCAGGUCGAGACGACGGAGAUCGAUGUGUGGAACGAGGAGAGUCAGACGAUGCAAAACCACGCGCCUGCAGGCGAACAACAAACCAAGCGCGGCACGGAGUCAUUGCGAACAUCGCGAAAUGGACCAUCAGAUGCAGGAGAGAGCCUUCUCUCUGGAAUUUAUAUCCUUCUCCACGGCUUCGACAAGCUCAGACGUGAGCGUCUGAUGCAUUUUCUGGAACCGAACGGAGCCAUUGUUGUCGACUGCCACGAUGCGUUGGCGAGAGCGUCAGAAAACCAAUCUUUCCAUUCACGAAUACUGCUCGUACCGCAUGCAGAUCAGGAGAAGCUUCCUGACGUUCCUCCUGCCACCACUGUGGCGACUGAAUGGUGGGUUGAGCGUUGUGUCCACCACAAGCGGAAUCUCGAUCCGGAUCAGGACCCAUUGAGCCAGCCCUUGGGUCAAGUUACAGUGUCUGGAUUCUCAGGCGUGGCAAUCACGACGACUGGAUUCGACAAUGUGGAUCUGCGACAAACGGCUGAAGCAGUGAAGCUGAUGGGCGCAACGUACCAGGAGCAGCUGUUACCAUCGACAUCGGUGUUGGUGUGUGGUGAUAAGCUGGUGAGGAAGGAGAAAGCGUUCUACGCCUCGAAGCACAACAUUCCUGUCGUAUCUGCGAAAUGGCUCUGGGAAUCGUUGCGUUUGAAAACAAAGGCUCCGUUCGACGGGUAC